AUAGCCAGGACAAAUGGUCAGUGGUGAUAGGCGCUUAAAAGUACUAAUGCGUCCGAUUUGGGAUGCGACCCAAAGAAGAGAUUACUUUAUGCGUGGUGUCCAGUGAACUACUGCACUGCAGGGAAAGGUGAACGUCCACAGGUUCGGGCAGAGCAGGGUAAAACAACUUAAGAUUUUGGAUAAACUCAAGGGGGAAACUCAAAAGGAAUGACGACGCGCACGGACUCAGCAGAGAGGUGAUCAGCCGAGAGGUGAUCAGGUGAUCAGCAGAGAGGUGAUCAGCAGAGAGGUGAUCAGGUAAUCAGGUAAUCAGGUGAUCAGGUGAUCAGCAGAGAGGUGAUCAGGUGAUCAGCAGAGAGGUGAUCAGGUAAUCAGGUGAUCAGCAGAGAGGUGAUCAGGUGAUCAGCAGAGAGGUGAUCAGGUAAUCAGGUAAUCAGGUAAUCAGGUGAUCAGCAGAGAGGUGAUCAGGUAAUCAGGUGAUCAGCAGAGAGGUGAUCAGCAGGGAGGUGAUCAAGUAAUCAGGUGAUCAGCAGAGAGGUGAUCAGGUGAUCAGCAGAGAGGUGAUCAGGUAAUCAGGUGAUCAGCAGAGAGGUGAUCAGGUAAUCAGGUGAUCAGCAGAGAGGUGAUCAGGUGAUCAGCAGAGAGGUGAUCAGAGACCAAACAGAACCUGGGGAAAGUCAUCAGACCUGAGAGCUUCUUCAUGCAUGAGCAGAUUCAAGGUGAUAUUCAAGUGUUCAUGAAGGUUACUGGCUCUACCAUGGAGAAGUAUGAGAAGUUGGCUAAGAUCGGCGAGGGCUCCUACGGCGUGGUGUUUAAAUGCCGCAACAAGGAAUCCGGCCAGAUAGUGGCCAUCAAGAAGUUUGUGGAAUCUGAGGAUGAUCCGGUCAUCAAGAAAAUAGCGCUGAGGGAAAUCCGAAUGCUGAAGCAGUUAAAGCAUGUAAACCUGGUCAACCUUCUGGAGGUGUUCAGGAGGAAGAGAAGACUUCACUUGGUCUUCGAGUUUUGUGAACAAACUGUCCUCAAUGAACUCGACAAGCAUCCCAGAGGGGUUCCUGAGAUCCAGCUGAAGCGCAUCAUUUGGCAAACUCUUCAGGCUGUCAACUUCUGCCACAAACACAACUGUAUCCAUCGAGAUGUGAAACCGGAAAACAUCCUACUAACUAAAACAGGAGUCAUCAAGCUGUGCGACUUUGGGUUUGCCCGAAUUCUGACUGGCCCAGGUGAUGACUAUACUGAUUACGUGGCCACACGCUGGUACCGAGCGCCGGAGCUUCUGGUAGGAGACACACAGUACGGCCCACCGGUGGACGUUUGGGCUCUGGGCUGCGUCUUUGCUGAACUCCUUCUCGGGAGUCCACUGUGGCCUGGAUGCUCAGAUGUAGAUCAGCUCUACCACAUCCGCAAGACACUGGGUGAUCUGAUACCUCGACAUCAGCAAGUGUUUCGCUCCAAUGCUUUCUUCAGUGGAGUCAGCAUCCCUGAACCAGAUACCAUGGAGCCACUUGAGAAGAGGUUUCAUGGUGCCUCUCUGCAUGCGCUUACUGUGAUGAAGUCCUGUCUUGUGAUGGACCCUGUUGAAAGACUGACAUGUGAGGAGUUAUUAGAGCUGCCAUACUUCCAGGAUGAGGGUGGGGUCGGAUGGGGACGAGAAAGCGAUCGACCCACGAGGCGUCAUGAGAAAGGUGCCAGACGCAGAGUGCCAGGGGCCCAGUAUUUGCCUCAGCUUACCAGCAGCACCAUCUCCCCAGCACCCGAGCUGAAGAACAAACACAAGCCCAAGUACGACCACCAUCUCCCCAACAUCUAACCCUGAACAAGAAAUUACAACUCUUUAUACUGUAGAUAUGAGGAACAAUUCUAGGGCUUUCACUGCCUUAAUGUUUGACCUGGAUCUGCUAUAAAAUGAGCUGCACAUGUAACUUAUAUCACAUAGUUUUAAAAACAACUUUUAACAAACAGAUGUGAUUAGUCUCAGCUCCAAUAAUACGUCAGCACACCUUAAGUAAAUGAUCGCUUCCUAAUCUGGAUGUAGCUCAAGUGUCUUUAAUAAUCCUAGAUUUCUCAUGUUUGUGCCAAAUGGAUCAUUGAAUUGCUCUCAGAAAGCAAUCAUUCAGCGCAUUAAGGUGCAGUUUAAGGAUUUAACAGAACAAUUUUUUAACGUUGCUCGUGUUUCAGCCUUUUUACGAACGAGACGUUUGUGCCGAUUACAGGGAAGAAUCAGACAUUUCUCUUAAGCUCCUUGCAGUUAAUACGAAUCACAUCUAUAUAUUUAAUGUAGAUUAAGAGAUUUGCUCUAUUUAGUUAUUUAUUUGUGGGGAAAUUCUCAUUUAUUACAUUCUGUCAGACAUAAUAAUUUACACUUUAACAUACAUCCUGAAAUAAAAGUAGGAAAAUAAGCAAAAAAAAAUUUAAAUGAUGAUGAUGAUGAUAAUUUGAGAAAUGAUCACAUAAGACAGUUUUCACACUUUUUCUGUAACACGUCAACGUUCCACAAGCUCUGUAUUUUCAUAUGUAUUUAUAAACACGAUGAAAUGAUUUCUGUGUUUCUGUCAAUGUUAACAAAACCGUAAAGUUACGUACAGCUCGUCGCUUUCUGUUUAAAUUACGUUAAAGCAUGGUAAUGACUAUUAAUUAAGUUCAUGAAUGAAAAUGUGGCUGAUAAUAAAGAAACUGUAAGUU